UCCUCCACGUGGUGAGAGAACCUCUUGCAUAUCUGCCGCCUCUCAGGAGCUCUGCCAGAAACCAAGAUGACAGACCGGAACCUCGGGGAAUAAUAGAGAACGCAUUUGGGGGCAUGCGAAGAGAAUUUUCCGUGGUGUGUUUGGGGGGGGGGGUGUUUGACGCCCGCCCCCCAUGCUAUCGCCGUGGCGGAGAAGCCACACACCCCCUGCAGGUGAAACAGGAGUCUUGGAAUGCCUUAAGGACCGGCAUGUUUUUAAACUUGUUCUUCCAGGGCAGUGGGAGGAGCCCCGUUCUCGGUUCCUGUCAGAAAGAGCACUGUCCUUAGCUGCUUCAGCCGCCUCGCCGCAUCUGGCACUUCUCCAGACAUGCUUUGGGGUUUCUGUGUUCGGAGCUCCCGGUGAUUUUUUUAAAAAAAAAACUAUUUUCCUGCAAAAUUAACUUUCACAAAUCUCAGGGAGUUCCAACCACGGAGCUCCCAGCGCACGUCUGGAUGUCCUGUUAACUGCCCGACUUCAGAAGCUGGCUUCAGCUUUGGCAAUGUUUCUGAGGAAUUCCAGAGGGUUCCUGAUGAGGGGAGGGCUGGUGGGGCUGGUGGUGGUUGGGGCUGGUGUCUGUUACUAUGUUUACAGAGCGACCUCCAGGAAGAGAAAAAAUGAAGGACCAGAAGAAGCAGGCCUGAAAGGAGAAAGCAUCCGUAAGGAGCAUGAGCAGAGACUGGGGUCGACCUCUUGGGGGGAAGCCCAGAUGGCCAUCCCAGAACAGGCCCCAGUCUUGGGCCAAAACAUUUUCUCCAGCACAGGGCAGAAAGAUUCUAGCCAUCUCCAGCAAGUAGGCAUGAAUUUUCCAGUAUCUCCUGAUGGUCUAGAGGUACACCACAUACAGAGUCUUAUUUAUUUACUUGAGUCUGUGGAGGAUCCUUUAAUUCAGGAACAAGCCUUGAUUACACUCAGCAACAGCGCUGCCUUCUCUGUCAAUCAGGAUAUAAUUCGAAAUUUAGGUGGCCUUUCUGUUAUUGGAAGCAUGCUAUCAGUUCCAGCUACUAAUGUCAAAGAAAAAGCACUGAAUGCUCUUAAUAACUUGAGUAUGAAUAUUAAAAAUCAAGAAGAGCUAAAAAGAUAUAUUACCAAAAUCUGUGAGGAAACCAGUUCCUCACCCUUGAACUCUGAGCUGCAGCUGGCUGGUCUUCGCUUUUUAACCAAUAUGUCUCUUACCAAUUACUAUCAUCACAUGAUGACAAGCUCCAUUCCAUGCUUUCUCCAUUUACUUUUGGAUGGAGAUGAACGAACGCAGACUCAAGUUCUAAAAGUGCUUGUGAAUUUAUCAGCAAACCCAGCUAUGACAGAACAUCUUCUCAGUGCUCAGGCACCUUUCCUAUUAUCCCUGUUUGAUAGCUGCAUCAACAAAGAAGUCCUACUCAGAGUCCUUGUGUUUGCCACAAACUUGACACAGCAUAUGAAGAAGGAAGAGAGUGCUAUUGCCUCACAUCACAGUGAAGAUUCAAUUUUUUCUAUGCUUCGGGGGAAUUCAACUCAGUGUGCUGAAAAACUGGCAUCUCUAUUUCACCAUCAUGACACAGAAGUCAAGGAGCAAGUUGCCAAACUAGUAAUGCAGUGGUGAUUUAUCAGAUUGAAAUGUUAAAAUCUGUAUUUAAAAUCCUGAAUUGUAUAUGAAAAAGUGUGUAGCCUGACACUUUGUGUGAGUGUGGGAGCUCUAGUAUACAUAUGGACAUGUGUGUACAAGACUCUGCAUUCACUGAACCUGAUACUAAACAUUUUGGACUUGUGAUACCUCUUCAGAGAUGUGGAGUCAGGUCAGCAGAAACUCCAGGUGGAAGCAGAGCAUUUCUCUAGAGAGAAAUGGGUACAAAAGACAUUACAUAUAAGAGCUUUUGUCUGCCCAACUAAACUUGAGCAUAGGAACUUGUUAUGCUGGGACAUUUCCUGGACUGCCACCAGAAUGUUUUGUGAUGAAUUAUCAUAAUUGUUUGCUAUGCACAUUCCAAGCACUUAAUUUACUGGUGCAACUAAGUUUAGGAUUAGGCUAGAAGGAAGGGCUGAAGUACAUAAUUGUUUGCACUCUGCUUCAUUUAGGCCCUCUAAGGCUUCAUUUAAACUCUGAAUAUUGCACACACCCAGCAUCUCACUUAAACUGGGAUGUUCUAUCUGUACAACACCCACCUGGGCUAUUGAUCUCUGUUAUCCAGAAAAUUUAUUUAUACUGGGCUGUCAGUUGCUACAGAAGCAGUAUUAGCACACUGAAGCUUUUACUGUGUAAAGAAAACAUGCAUGGUCUUUAGCAUUAAAUACAGUGUAGCUAUUGUACUGGUUAAAUUGUGGAAUGUCUAGUGAGACACCUGCAAGGGCAAUACAAAACUGUGAAGCCACAAAGCAGCAUAAAAGCAGACAGAGUGGUCAACUGUGUCUUACUUGAAAGGAGGAUUCUUCAUGUUGUCCAGAGUACCACCCCGAAAGGGGGUGGGGCGUUAUACCUCUGGACAUAUACUUGGAGCACUCUGUUCCUCAGCGAGUGCUCAGAAGAGCAUGGGUUUUUGUGAUGCUCCUUUGAGCCUGCAUCCAUUUUAAAAUCACCCACAACAUCUCCCUGAGAAAAGUCUGGCCUUUCGGUAUCAGAACCUACUGGUCUCUGUGGGUCUAGCCUACUGAUAGCUUUACAGAGGGGAGGAGAAACAUUAUCAAGUAACAUGAGAACAGCUGAGGAUAAUAGUAUUAUGGUACUUGAUGGGCAUGUAUGAAUCUACAGUCUCCUGAGUACAUCUAACAAACGGCUCCAAAUUUCACCUAUAGCAAGGUCAGGGGACUGGUUUGGGGCCAGUAUUCCCUCUAAGCUGAGUUAGUGUGAGCUCAGUUUUCUAGCCUCCGGCUCGCA